AUGUCAGUCAUCGGAGAAGAAUACAAGAACGUCGCCACGCAGGGCAUGAACGCCUACGCCGCGCCCUCGCUCUUCCAGCCUCACAAGGCCCGCCAGGCCAUCCGGGACGCCCACGAGAAGAAGAUCCCCCCGUUGAUGUGCUACUAUGCCGGCCUCAGCGCCCUUCCCAUCACGCGGUUCCUGGCCCCCAUGGGCUACGACGCCGUCUGGAUCGACUGGGAGCACACUUCCUGCAACGUCGAGACCAUGACAUCGAUGGUCCAUGAAGCCAUCUUCAUGAGCCAGGGGCGCACCAUCCCCUGGGUCCGUGUCCCGGGCCACGACCACGCGGCCAUCGGUUACGCGCUCGACGCUGGGGCCAGCAUCGUGGUGCCGCAGGUCGAGACGGUGGAGGAGGCCAAGCACGUGCUGUCGUCGGCCAAGUACGGCACGAAGCAGCGGGGCACGAGGUCGGCGCCGCCGUUCCGGCUCAUCCCGUUCCUCACGGACACGCCGUACGACCCGAGCCGCGACGUGCACAAGUGCCUCAACGACCAGGCGGCCGUCAUGAUCCAGAUCGAGUCAGCCGAGGGCGUGCGCAACCUCGACGCGAUCCUGACCGAGUGCCCGGACAUCGACGUCGUGUGGUUCGGCACGCUCGACUGCCGCAUCAGCAUGAACCUCGAGGGCAAGAUGGGCGGCAUGGGCGCCGAUGAGCCCGAGUGGCUCGAGAUCUCCAAGCUCUUCUUCGACACCAUCAACAAGCACGACAAGCCGUACGCCGGCUUCGCCUUCGCUGCGCCGCCGUACGGCAGCCCCGAGAAGAUCAAGGAGGCGUCCAAGAGGAUGAGCCUCAUCGCCAUGUCGGCCGACGUCAUCCACCUCGGCGGGCUGGCGCAGGACCUCAUGAUUGCCCGGCAGGCGGUCGGGCCGGUGGGGCAAAAGAACGGCACAAAUGGGGAGGGGGCCGAGGAGAAGGCCGAGAAGAAGGCCGAGGAGACGAACGGUAAGGAGUGA